AUGGAGGAUGCAGUCAGCCCGUCAGGAACGUGUGUGGGUUGAGAGGCUGUGCUGUGGGGAAGGCUCCUCGGACCCCUGGGUGGAGGAGCCCGGAUGCACCGGCCAGAGGGACAGCCGGAAACCCAAUGCAGUCUCUAGGAGGGAUCAAAGCAGGAGCCACAGAGACGGAAAGAAAAUAAAGACCAAAAUUCAUGGAUGAGACUUGGCCCCUGGGAGGCCCUAGAUGACCUUGAUGAGAGUAUUUUCCCUAUGGGGUGAAUGUGGAAGCCAGGCUGCCAGGGACUGAGGUGGGAGCAGCAGGAGGGGAAUACAGGCGGGGUCAGACGACCUUUCUAACUCUUGGCUGCGGUGGGCAGGAGGAAAACUGGUGGAACUAACAAGGGGCGUGAGAUGAAAGGUGUUUUGUGGUUCAGGUGGGACAGAGUUGAAUGUGUUCGCUUGCUUGAGGGAAACCAGCCGGUAGCAGGAGAGGUUGAAGCAAGAGUGGGGAGGGGAAGGUGCGCUGGGUGAGGGGCGAAGGUCCACAGGGCAGCGGCGGGCCUGAGGGUAGGGGAAGCGCCGCCUGGGGAGCUGGGGCGGGCUGUGGUCUGUUCUCCUGAAGAAGGCCAGCUCCGCAGUGAAGAAGACCGUGUAGGUUUCUUGGAAGGUGGAGGGACUCGACGACAGAGCUGAGCAAAGGCAAGUUAGACAGCGCAGCGCCAAGCCCGAGACGGUCAACUGGGAGCAGCCACACACAAGGAACAGUGACUUCUCCACGCCCACGGCUGUUGUCCACGACUUCGGCCCGGCCCCCUCUUCUGACCUCCUUCCCCCAAGUACAACACUGCAAACGCCAAGCUGCCGGCUCUGGCCCUAUUGGAGGGGUCUCAGUAACGGAGGGCAGGUGCCAGUCUCGCGCCCUAGUUCGUUCCUCUGCUACAACGCCAAGUUCGAGGCCACAGUGCCUUCUGGAAGAGUGGUAGUGCUGCUUGGGAGCACUGCACAGGAGAAACGGGGGCUGGAGGUAAAGACAGGAGGCUCGGGAGGCGGCGACGUGGGCGAGCUGGAAUAGUCUAGAAGCUGAGCAGAACAAAGGCGGUGUGACUGCAGCAGGAAAGAGAGGAGCCGUCGCAGGAGCCGCACACGUCUCCAACUGUCUAUUGCUUUUUGCGCACAUUCCUAACUUCCUGACGUCCAUCCCAGCGGGCAGGCAUGGGGUGUUUGGGCGGCAACAGCAAGACGACGGAAGACCAGGGCGUCGAUGAAAAAGAACGACGCGAGGCCAACAAAAAGAUCGAGAAGCAGUUGCAGAAAGAGCGCCUGGCUUACAAGGCUACCCACCGCCUGCUGCUCCUGGGGGCUGGUGAGUCUGGGAAAAGCACUAUCGUCAAACAGAUGAGGAUCCUGCACGUCAAUGGGUUUAAUCCCGAGGAAAAGAAACAGAAAAUUCUGGACAUCCGGAAAAAUGUUAAAGAUGCUAUCGUGACAAUUGUUUCAGCAAUGAGUACUAUAAUACCUCCAGUUCCGCUGGCCAACCCUGAAAACCAAUUUCGAUCAGACUACAUCAAGAGCAUAGCCCCUAUCACUGACUUUGAAUAUUCCCAGGAAUUCUUUGACCAUGUGAAAAAACUUUGGGACGAUGAAGGCGUGAAGGCAUGCUUUGAGAGAUCCAACGAAUACCAGCUGAUUGACUGUGCACAAUACUUCCUGGAAAGAAUCGACAGCGUCAGCUUGGUUGACUACACACCCACAGACCAGGACCUCCUCAGAUGCAGAGUUCUGACAUCUGGGAUUUUUGAGACACGAUUCCAAGUGGACAAAGUAAACUUCCACAUGUUUGAUGUUGGUGGCCAGAGGGAUGAGAGGAGAAAAUGGAUCCAGUGCUUUAACGAUGUCACAGCUAUCAUUUACGUCGCAGCCUGCAGUAGCUACAACAUGGUGAUUCGAGAAGAUAACAACACCAACAGGCUGAGAGAGUCCCUGGAUCUUUUUGAAAGCAUCUGGAACAACAGGUGGUUACGGACCAUUUCUAUCAUCUUGUUCUUGAACAAACAAGAUAUGCUGGCAGAAAAAGUCUUGGCAGGGAAAUCAAAAAUUGAGGACUAUUUCCCAGAAUAUGCAAAUUAUACUGUUCCUGAAGACGCAACACCAGAUGCAGGAGAAGAUCCCAAAGUUACAAGAGCCAAGUUCUUUAUCCGUGACCUGUUUUUGAGGAUCAGCACGGCCACCGGUGACGGCAAACAUUACUGCUACCCGCACUUCACCUGCGCCGUGGACACGGAGAACAUCCGCAGGGUGUUCAACGACUGCCGCGACAUCAUCCAGCGGAUGCACCUCAAGCAGUAUGAGCUCUUGUGAGGAUGCUGCCGCCACCCUGCGACGGAGCGGCACCCCGGACUGCCUGACUGCCAGCCCCAUGCCAUGGUAGGAGGCAGAGUCUCUAGUUCCAUCUCGCUGCCGUCUGUCCCGUUCUGUGUCGACCACCAAGCCUCUGGCUACCUCUGUCCCCUCAGGUUUGGUUGUGUAGCUUCUGUUGUCAUUGAAUACAGCCUCCCGCAGCAUCCCACCCCCAAACCACCGACUCUCAUUGCCGACACUGCAGCAGAAUCUCUCCAGGUGGGAGCCCCAUUAUUCAUUCUCCCUUUAUUGAUUCAUCGAGGAGAACUUGGUAGAUGGGGAGAAAACACAGUUGGUUUUUUUUUUCCACGUUAUCAACCGUGACUGCAAGAGUGUCCGUGCAGUGCCCUGAGCCACGGCCGUCUCUGAUUCUCCCUUUAUGAAGCUGCAGGCUGACGAGCGAUGGUCCCUUCCCAUUGGCCUUAGCCCAAGACUUAGAGUCGACCCAAGGCGACAGAGUGACCAGAAACCCUUUUACAGUCACAUUCAGAGUCGCUGCUGGCCUCAGGCAUUUGAAUUAGAGCUACUUUGAGCCUCUUAGGCAGAAAACCUACCAGAUUCACUACUGCAAAAUGUGUCCUGUCUAAAAAUGAUUCUCUAAACUUUCCCUAUACUUAGGCAUAGUCUUCUUUCUUAGAUUCUCUUUGUUGUUGUCCCUAUUGCUGGUUUAUUACACUGUACAGACCACAAAAUGUAAUAUUCUUUUGUACAACUACUAAAGAAAAAUCCUUGUAGAUCUUUGUGCCUUCACCAUGGCUAUCUAUACCUGUACAUGAAAUGUGUUUGUAUUGUGCUGAAGAGCUUAAUGUCAACAUUACCUGCUGCUUACUCUGAAAAAAGGAAUGAAUGGUAGCUGUAGAAUUUAGGAUAUUUUAUCAGGUUGGCACUUUAUAAAAUACUCCCUGAUUUAAAAAAUUGUAAGUUAUACAUGUUAAUCAUCCACGUUCUACCGACAAUGUACCAACAUCACAAGCUGUUGCAACCACCUGCUGUUACUUCUCUGAGCUGUAAAAACCUGAACUCAAUUCAGGGGUACAAAUUGCAAUCUAAUCUUUUCAGGGAACCAGGGAUUUUUUUCUCUCUGUCUAGACAAUACGUUUCCUCAUUAGUCUGCUAAUGAAACACUUCUUCAAGUUCCCUAAGUGGGAACAGGUCCAUCCUUCCCUUAGUCAAAACUUUGGACACAGGCUGCAUCAUACAAAUAAGCUAACAGUAAGAGAAAAACAAAAUGUGGCCAGGCGCGGUGGCUCACGCCUGUAAUCCCAGCACUUUGGGGGGCCGAGGCAGGCGGAUCACGAGGUCAGGAGAUCAAGACCAUCCUGGCUAACAUGGCGAAACCCCGUCUCUACUAAAAAUACAAAAAUUAGCCAGGCAUGGUGGCGGGCGCCUGUAAUCUCAGCUACUCGAGAGGCUGAGGCAGGAGAAUCACUUGAACCUGGGAGGUGGAGAUUGCAGUGAGCCGAGGUCGCGCCAUUGCACUCCAGCCUGGACAUCAAAGUGAGACUCAGGCCAAAAAAAAAAAAAAAACCUUGACGUGUCAAUGUUU